GAUUUAAAAAUAAGAAGUCCAUUAAGACCAAGUACAGGAUGCCUUUGUUGAACUGGCAGGCUCUAAAACCGAACCAAGUUACCGGCACGGUCUUCAACGAGCUCGACGACGAGCAGAUCUUAGAGGAGCUGAACAUGGACAUGUUCGAGGAACAGUUCAAGACUAGAGCCCAAGGAAAUCCAGCAGAUCUAUCCAAGAUCAAGACAAAGACUCAAAAGGCCCCCAGCAAGACGUCACUAAUUGACGCCAACAAAGCCAAGAAUCUGGCGAUUACUCUACGCAAGGGGGCGAUGGACCCGUCGGCUAUCUGCACUGCCAUAGAGACAUACGACCAGCAGUCCCUGUCCAUAGACUUCCUAGAACUGCUUGAACACUUCAUACCGUCGGACUUUGAGAUGAAACUCCUGGUCAACUAUGAGAAAGACGGCCGUCCACUAGAAGAACUGACGGACGAAGACAGAUUUAUUCUACGCUUUGGGAAGAUUGCUCGCCUGAGCCAGCGGAUAAAGACACUGACUUUUAUGGGCAACUUCCCUGAGAGUGUCAAACGCCUGCAGCCGCAACUGAACUCCAUCAUUGCUGCGUCCAUGUCUAUUAAAUCUUCCACUAAACUGAAAAAGAUCUUAGAAAUCGUCCUCGCCUUUGGGAACUAUAUGAACAGCAGUAAGAGAGGCGCAGCCUACGGUUUCAGGCUACAGAGCUUAGAUCUCCUGCUGGAGACUAAGUCAACAGACCGCUCACAGACGCUACUCCAGUUCAUAACCAGCAUCAUCCUGGAAAAAUACUCGGACCUGGCCAACUUCCACACUGACCUUCACUUUAUAGACAAGGCAGCUCUUGUAUCCCUGGACGGCAUUCUUCAAGACAUCCGUUCAUUAGAGCGAGGAAUGGAGAUGACCAAGAAGGAGUUCCUGGUGCAGGAUGACAGUCCUGUGUUAAAGGAGUUCAUUAAAACAAACAGCGAGCAGCUGGAUUCGUUGAUCAAAGACAGCAAAACAGCACAGGAGGCUUAUGCUUCUGUUGUGGAGUAUUUUGGAGAAAACCCCAAGACGACGCAGCCUUCCAUGUUUUUCCCCAUGUUUGGACGCUUCGUAAAGGCAUAUAAGACAGCACAGCAAGAAAUAGAGCAGAAAAAGAAAAUGGAGACGGAGGCGAGUGAGGUGAAAGAAGCACCAUCUCCAAACAAAGCUGGAGGACAAAAGGGUCCCAUGAUGCCUAAAAUGCCUCAGAUGGAUUUGAUAGCCGAGCUAAAGAAGAAGCAGCUGAAACCUCCUGUGAGAGAGGGAAAAGACGGCGCUCUGGAGGACAUCAUCACWGAUUUAAGGAACACACCGUACAGACGGACAGAUGGACGUCGACCUGCUCAGCGCCAGGACACCUGAGUCCAUUUUACUGAGAUUUCUUUUGUUUGAAUUAAUGUAAUUAAACUAUCACGGUUAGAUGUAGAAGCUAAAUUUACCAACAUUCUGAUGUACUGUAUUAAAAUGAGUUGUAUAUAUGAUAUGGCAUAAAGGUAUGACCUUUUGGUAAYUAACAAUAUUUCAGUGUAAAUAGAAGUUGAACAUUUUAUCAGCAAUAACAAKUUUAAAAACUUUGAUGCACACAUUACAAAACUAUUUGUGUAUUAUGUAUGAUCUAAAUUUUUAAUACAGUUUGCCAAUUAAGUAAUGUAAAAGAAUGACUUUUAAAUGACCUUUUAAAUAAGUAAACUCAUUUUUUUGUAAACCA